CAUUCGUUUUAUUCUUUUUUGGGUUGCCUGAAUUCUAGCUUGAAUACCAAAAGCCUAAAGUCUCAAAGUUGUUGAAUAGUGAAUUGUCUGAAAAGAAAUGAUGUAUAGGGCCUGGAGAGAAUAAAGGAGUAUAAGGGUAGUGCCAUAUGCAAAUCUCAACUGUAAUUUUCUUCUGUCUUGAUGACUGCAAUGCUCUAUCUUUUAGAUAAAACAUUUGAUUUCCUUGUAGAUGAAGGAAGAAGAAGAACUUUAGGCUGCUAGAAGAGAGAGGGAUUAUUAGAACGUGAUUAGCUAAUUUUAUGAUAAAAGAGGAGAUAUCAGAUAGGGCUUCCGAAUCCCUUCCUCACCGAUAAUAAAUUAGAGCUCAGUUCUGUGUCAGAUUAGCUAUAAGCAGUUCACGGAAGAACAAAUGCUCUUCUUGCAGAGGAAGUACAAGAAGAGAAAACUAUUAACAAGAAAAAGAAGAAUGCCUAUAUUAGUGGGAAGGCCAGUUGAUUCAGUCUGGUAGGAAAAUGCCUGAGAGAACUAGUACGGCCGAGAAUCUUCUGAACAACAUUGUGGAAUCAAUUGCUGAUGGUCUGUCGAAGCAGAAGUCAUUAUCGAAGCAGAAGUCAGGGUCCUUCUUCGAAGAGGAGAAAGCAAGCUCAGUUAAUGCUCAACUCAAUAGGCUAUUUGGCCGUCAAAAGCCGGUACACCACAUUUUAGGUGGAGGCAAAUCUGCUGAUGUCCUGUUAUGGAGAAACAAGAAAAUCUCAGCUGGUGUUUUAGCCAGUGCCUCAGCCAUCUGGGUGUUAUUUGAGUGGCUGAAUUAUAAUUUUCUUUCACUUUUAUGCUUUGCUCUUGUCAUUGGUAUGAUUGUUCAGUUUAUAUGGAAAAAUGCUUCUGGCAUGAUAAACAGGUCUCCAGCUAAAGUCCCUCAUCUUGUCUUACCUGAUGACUUCUUCAUCUGCAUUGCCAAGUCAAUAGGAGCUGAAGUAAACCGUGCUUUAGCCUUCCUUCAAAAAGUUGCCUGUGGGGAUAACAUCAAACAAUUCUUAGUGGUUGUGGUGAGUUUGUGGGUUGCUGCUAUAAUUGGAAGCUGGUGCAAUUUUUUGACUGUUCUGUACAUUGGCUUUGUUGCUGCACAUGUGCUCCCCGUGCUGUACGAAAGAUAUGAUGAUAAAGUUGAUGGUUUUGUAUAUAAUGCCCUCGAAAAGUUUCGAGGCCAUUACAAAAAGCUGGAUCGUGGUGUCCUCAGCAGAAUCAACACGGGCAAAUUCAGACUAAAGAAGUUCGAAUAGAUACAUUAGCAGAAAAUGAACUUUGUAUGCAAAAAAUAUGAAAUGCAUUUCCUGCUUAGUCAGCAAAAUGCUGUUUUUAAGCUUAGAAUUAGUCAAGGUAAUGUCUCAUUAAUUCAAAAGAAAAGACAAUGUAUCGAACGUA